CCUUGUCCUGCUUGUCAGUGUCACCGGCACCUCCGCUUUGCCAGAGCCCCCGGGCCAGCAUGUCUUCUGCACAUUUCAAUCGAGGUCCUGCCUAUGGCCUGUCUGCUGAAGUCAAGAACAAGCUGGCCCAGAAAUACGACCAUCAGCGUGAGCAGGAGCUGAGAGAGUGGAUUGAGGGGGUGACAGGUCGCCGCAUCGGGAACAACUUCAUGGAUGGCCUCAAAGAUGGGAUCAUUCUCUGCGAAUUCAUCAACAAGCUCCAGCCAGGUUCUGUGAAGAAGGUAAACGAGUCAACCCAAAACUGGCACCAGCUGGAGAACAUAGGUAAUUUCAUUAAAGCCAUUACCAAGUAUGGAGUGAAGCCCCAUGACAUCUUUGAGGCCAACGACCUGUUUGAGAACACCAACCAUACCCAGGUUCAGUCCACACUCCUGGCUCUGGCCAGCAUGGCCAAGACAAAAGGAAACAAGGUUAACGUGGGGGUCAAAUAUGCAGAGAAACAAGAGCGGAGAUUUGAGCCGGAGAAGCUGAGAGAAGGUCGGAACAUCAUUGGGCUACAGAUGGGUACCAACAAGUUUGCCAGUCAGCAGGGCAUGACAGCCUAUGGUACUCGGCGUCACCUCUAUGACCCCAAACUGGGGACAGAUCAGCCGCUGGACCAGGCCACCAUCAGCCUGCAGAUGGGCACCAACAAGGGCGCCAGCCAGGCUGGCAUGACUGCACCGGGCACCAAGCGGCAGAUCUUUGAGCCAGGACUGGGCAUGGAACACUGUGACACGCUCAACGUCAGCCUGCAGAUGGGCAGCAACAAGGGGGCCUCACAGAGGGGCAUGACAGUGUAUGGGCUGCCCCGUCAGGUGUACGAUCCCAAAUACUGCCUGACUCCGGAAUACCCAGAGCUGGGAGAGCCCGCCCACAAUCACCACCCACACAACUACUAUAACUCUGCCUAGGGCCCCCAGGGGGCUGGCUGCUGCUCUUGGCUGGACCCAGCUGGCCCAGCCAACCCCAUCUCCUGCAUGGCGUCCCCCAGCCCCCUGGCAUCUGUCUAUAGGGUUACAGUUUGGGGAGAUCAGGCCGAGGGGGGCGGCGGGAAGUAGGGGGCCCCUCAUCCCUGUAGCUCUUGAAGGGCCCAACACAGAAUUGGGUGUCCCUGACAGCACCCAAAGGACGCUGCCCCCUUUUACUCCCUCACAAGCGAGUA